ACACGCGGUGAGUUGCACCAAACAACGUUGUUUAAAGUCAAGUAGUAAACAAAAUAAAAAUUCUGCAAAUAAAAAAUCACUUUUGUAAUGACGAAUAUGGACUCUGAGACAAGUAUUGGCAAUGAGAGAAGUGCCAGCAAAAUAUUUCGUCAAAAUCGAAGCGUCGGCUACGUUAGCAAUCAUAUUGGCGCAGUAACACGCUACGUUGUGAGACGAAGUGACAACUUGAUUGCUACCUGCAUUGGCCGAACUUUUCAAGUCUAUACUGCGAGCCAUUUUCGCUUGCUGCACGUAAGCCCGAUACAUGCUGACGACAUUACUGCACUAGCGAUAGACCUCACCUAUAUAUAUACGGCUUCAGAUAAGUGCAUUUAUGCUUGGCGGUCUGGUAAGCAUAGACGCCAUGUCUACAAAGGAACAAGCAAUGUGUGGCUUAUAUUGCCACUUGGUGGUUUCUUGGUGACAGUGGAUGAAGCAAACGUUUUAAAAGUAUGGAAUGUUGUCUCAGAAAAUGUAUACUUUGAAAUCCCGUUCAACAAGAGCGAGUUCCUAAUUACAGCAGUAACUCACCCACCGACUUAUGUGAAUAAAGUACUAAUUGGGUCAGAACAGGGCAUAAUUAAAUUAUGGAACUUGAAAGAAAAUCGUCUGAUUUAUACAUUUUCUGCGCGUAAGUGUGCUAUAACCUGCUUGGAAGCAUCUCCGGCUUUGGAUGUUGUUGCUAUUGGGUACCAUAACGGUUGUAUUGUGUUAUUGAAUCUUAAAUACGACGAAAUUCUUAUGGAAUUUAAACAAGAUUGGGGGAUGGUAUCAAAGAUCAGUUUUCGGACCGAUGGUCCACCAAUUAUGGUUUCAUCAAGUGCUACUGGUAAUGUUGCGUUUUGGAAUUUAGAAGAACGAAAGGUUGCUAGUCAAUUAAAAGUUCACGAAGGAAAAGUUACAACAACUAUAUGUUUUCCUAAUGAACCUUUACUUCUUACCACAUCCCCAGACAAUUCUAUGAAGCUAUGGAUUUUUGAUAUGUCGGACGGUGGCGCGCGCCUAUUACGGAUUCGCGAAGGACACACUAAACCUCCAUUAUGCAUUCGAUACUAUGGCAAUAGUGGUUCGUCUAUAUUAUCAUCUGGUGAAGAUAGCUCGUUACGUAUAUUUAGCACAAUUUCGGAAACUUUUAAUAAAAGCAUGGGCAAAGCCAGUUAUAAUCGUAAAGCUUCUAAAAAAAAGAAUAGAUUUCAAAAGGACUGGCUUCGCAUGCCUCCAAUCGUACAAUUUACAACAGAAACAACGCGUGAGAAGGAAUGGGACAGUAUAGCAGCAAUACAUAGUGGCAUUAUUCAGACCACCACUUGGUCUUUUCACAGAUGCUGUAUGGGGGAACACCGCUUAAUACCUACUAAGUUUGAAAACAGAAACCGCACAGACUUAAAUGCCGAAACGACAAGCAUAACAUUGUCCAGUUGUGGAAACUUCGCCAUAAUAGGAUAUUCUACUGGUGAUUUAGAACGCUUUAACAUACAGUCAGGUAUACACAGAUGUAGUUAUGGUGCACCUGCUCACGAAAGCUCUGUAAGAGGUGUAGCUAGCGAUAAUUUAAAUCAAUUUGUUACUUCAGGUUGUGGGGCUGGUUUACUGAAAUUCUGGCCCUUCAAAGGCAAUGUUACAAGUCCAACUCUAACACUUAAAUUCAGUGACGGCAUUGAUCUUUUGCGUUCCCAUCGCGAAAGUGGCAUGAUUGCCAUAGCAUUAGUCAAUUUCAUUGUUUACAUAGUCGAUACUGAUACAAAAGUCAUUAUCAGAAAGUUUGAGGGACACAUAACCAAAAUAAACGACAUUUGCUUUAGCCCAGAUAGUCGUUGGCUUAUAACAGCGUCUAUGGAUGCGACUAUUAAAGUAUGGGACAUUCCUUCGACUUAUAUGAUCGAUCAUUUCAGAACUGAACGCCCAUGUGUUUCCCUGACUAUGUCUCCUACUGGUGAUUUUCUUGCAACCGCCCAUGUAAACUAUUUGGGUAUUUAUUUAUGGGCAAACAGGACGCUUUUUAAUCAACUCUCAUUGCGUUCUAUAAAUCCAUACGAAAAAGCUCCUUUGGUAGGAUUACCAUCAAAUGCUUAUGACGAUAUAGUUUUAAACCAAGCAGUCCAAGAAAUGUCUUUGGAUGCUUAUGAAGACGAAGGCGAAGAAAUUGAAUUUAAAUACGAGACUCAAACGCAACUUUCAAAAGAACUUAUAACUUUGUCUGGUGUAGCAGCAUCUCGUUGGCAAAAUCUCCUCGAUUUGGAUAUAAUUAAAAAACGAAACAAACCGAAGUCGGCGCCAAAAAUUCCGAAACAAGCACCAUUUUUUUUGCCCACUAUUGCUGGUCCAGAAAUGAAGUUUGACCUUACAGCAACUGUAAAUGAAGCCAAUGUACACUCGAAAAUUUUGAACACUUCACCACUAAAUAAUAUGACAACUUUAGCUAAACUUUUGGAAGAAACUGAAACAGCAAAUAAUUAUGAACCACCAAUCAACUAUUUAAAAAAACUGGGUCCGUCAAUGGUGGAUUAUGAAAUAAAAUCUCUACACCCCUUAAGUGCAUCUAUAGCUGCUAUGGUUCAGUUCUUGAAGACUAUAGAGUACACAUUUUCAACAAAUAAAGAUUUCGAACUGGCACAAUCGUACCUGAGUGUAUUUUUACGCGCACAUGGCAGUACCUUAAUAGAAUUGCCAGAAGUUGUUCAAACACUUAAAAGCGUCUCAGUGGCUCAAGAGACAUGUUGGAAUAGAAUUGAAAAGAAGUUAAGUUACGGAAUAGGCGUGGUAGCCGCUUUAAGAAAUUAUGUUAAAUAAGUUUUAAAUAUUAAAUAAAAAAAACAAUGUACUCUAAGGUGAGUCACCCACAUUAAAAUGAAUAUUUUCAUUAUC